AGAAGAACCUCAAAAUCUGGCAUUAGUAAUAAUUAUCAUAUCAUUAAAAAACAGAAAAUAAACUUUGUAUACGCAGUUUAUAACAAAGAUAUUAUUACGUUUUGGGAUCAUUUCUUUUUCUAAUUUGUUUUUAAACACGUUUGGGAAUCGUUUAUUACUGUGCAUUAAGAAAGUAAUAUUUUACAAAAUGCCAAAAACAAUAAGGCCAAAAUUAUUAGCACUAUAUUUCAAAUGUCACUUGAAUUUUCCUUUAUGCUGAUUACAUACUGACUACAGUGAACUGGAGUUAUAUUCAGCAAUAUAUAUAAAUAUAUAUUUGUAUAUAUCUUCUCUCUUCACAGUGAAAUGUACAGACAUAUUGUUGUUAGCAAACAUCAAAAAAUGCGUUGGCAGCCUCAGAUAAAUAAGAUUUGACGAACAAAUCCAACAGAUAAAUCUUGAUAAAAUAGUAUUUAUAAAGAGGGCCAUGAUUGGACCCCUGGACCAGGUUUUGGACACCCCCGGUGUAUCAAUAAUUCCCCCUUUAAGAAUGUAUACAUUAUUAUGGAUCAUAUUCCUCUAUAAUGUGCCGUAUUUCGUGAGCUAAGCUCACAGGCAGUUAUUUUUAGGCUGUGCAGUGUUGCAGUCAUGCAAUGUUGCAAUGUGUUGGCUCCGAGCAGCCACUCAGUCUGAUGCUCUUCAUGUGGAGCUGCUUUCAGUUUCACUUCUGUCACCAUGUCCUACACCUACCAGUGGCUGGAUGUGCCGUGGGGAGAUGGAGAUAUGGGGUCUUGGGCAGAUCGCUCCCCCCUCCAUGAAGCGGCAUCUCAGGGUCGACUGCUCGGCCUCCGUACUCUGCUGGACCAGGGAUUUUACCCCAAUGUUGUCACCAUCGAUCAUGUAACUCCUCUCCAUGAAGCCUGCCUGUCAGGACACGUAGCCUGCGUCAGAGCAUUAAUAAAUGCUGGAGCUAAUGUCAAUGCUGCGACCAUCGACGGUGUCACUCCUCUAUUCAACUGUUGCUCUUCUGGAAAUGCCGGCUGUUUGGAACUGCUGCUGCAAAGUGGAGCUCGCGCACGUGCCCAGCACACACACUUUCCCUCCGCUCUGCAUGAAGCCUGCAAGAGAGGUAGCAGCCAGUGUGUAGAAGUACUGCUGGCCCAUGGAGCUGAUCCAGACGCUCAGCUGUCCCAUCAGGGUUCUCCCCUGUAUGUGAGCUGUCUUCACCAACAUACUGCCUGCUCCAAGAUCCUGUUACACAGAGGGGCCAGUGCUAAUGUAGGCUGUGGAGAAGAGAGUCCUCUUCACGCUGCUGUUAAACUGGACAGCGCUGAUCUGGUUUCAGUCCUGCUGGACUACGGCGCUGACGUCAACCUCAGAGACCGUUCCAACAAACGACCUGUCGAUUUGGCGCCCUCUAGUGGAAAAACCAAGAAGCUUCUGCAAGCUUUUGAAGCUUCUCCGAGGACUCUUUGCCAGCUGUGUCGCAUCCAGAUCAGGAAUUCGAUUGGUCGAUCCAGACUGAAGCAGCUCUCAUGUCUUCCGUUGCCGCCACUGCUCACCAACUAUCUGGAGCAUACAUAGACCACAAACACACAGGCUGAUGCUGUGAGGCAGCUCCGCCAUCCCCUCCUUUCCAAAUUAAUAAUAAUAAUCAAAUAUUUUCACAAAUAACACAAGUUGGUUCCGAAUUCUCAUCCUAAGAAGGACUUAUUUGGAGUGUACUGUUCUAUAAAAUAAUUGCAUUUCCUUCUUGUGUUUUUAUCAUUUUGUCUGUAAUUCACUGAUUGUGCCAACUUUUGUAUCAACAUUGUAUGUUCUUUUUUCUAUAGUGUGGUGUUUACUGAACCUCAGUCCAUGUCCGUCUUGAUCUACGUAGGGUUCAUUAUUUAGGGGCAACGGUUGCAUAGAAGUACACUGCGGUUUUAAGCCUCAGAUUUUACUGUAAUAUAACUUCACGUUGUGAAUAACAAAAUUUUAUUUUUUAUGGGUAACUGCUGACUUUCAGGUAUUCACAUUGCAUGGUAGGCUUGACUUGCAUUGGUAAUCUUUGUUGAGCUGUAGCCCGCAGUCUGGACAAACAUGUAGACCACAAAUGCUUGUGACUCACUUGGCGUAUGUCAGCCAAAUUACUAAUAUGGUUAGGUAGGUGUCUGAAUGUUUGUGUAAAGUUAAUAGCUACAGAGUGAAAUGCUAAACUGUGCUUUGUGUUCGUGUGUGUUAUAUAUAAUUACAAUAAAUUAUAUAUAUUUUAAUUGGAUUC